AGCCGAAGGGCGUCUCAUGGUGAUAAAAGUAACCGUCUCGAAACUUUGAUCAGAGUUUCAUCCGAGUUCUGAGCAGUAGUUCUCAGUUAGAUUGCAGAGAAGCACGGCGGCGAGCAGUGCAAUGGCGGCGAGCAGUGCAGCAGAGUCCAAGGACCGGGUCAUCAACCUCGAUCAUGGUGAUCCGACAGCAUAUGAAAGCUUUUGGAGGGAGUCUGGAGAAGGGGCUUAUUUAAAAAUUGAGGGAUGGGAGAACAUGAGCUACUUUUCAGAUAGGAACAAUCUCUGUUGGUUUCUCCUACCUGUGUUUGAAACAGAGAUCCGUCGAAUUCAUAGAAUCGUCGGCAAUGCUACUGCUGAUGAAAGCCGCCACAUUGUCAUCGGAAAUGGCUCCUCACAGCUCUUUCAGGCCGCCCUUUUCGCCCUCUCCACUCAACCAGGCUUGACAGGGACUAGCGGCCCCAUGCCCGUCGUGUCCGCUGCGCCCUAUUACUCGGGUUACCCCGCAGCAGCAGACUUCCUCAAAUCCACCCUCUACAAAUGGGGCGGCGACGCCAACACAUUCACUCCCCACCCCUCCACCCCUCACAACGAAGCAAUCUGCUCCCCAAACAACCCCGACGGCCGCUUAAACAACCCGGUCCUCCUCAACCAGAACUCCAACAACAUCCACGACCUCGCCUACUACUGGCCGCAGUACACGCCCAUCACAAAAGCAGCCGACCACGAUAUCAUGCUCUUCACCAUCUCCAAGUGCACCGGCCAUGCAGGCUGCCGGCUUGGCUGGGCGCUAGUGAAAGAUGCCGAUUUGGCGAGAAGAAUGGUGAAGUUCGUCGAGCUCGGGACUAUAGGCGUGUCUAAGGACUCCCAGCACCGCGCUGCCGCGAUUCUGAGGGCGGUGUCUAAUGGGUAUGAGAGCGGAGGCGCUUGCAAGCUUUUUCACUUUGGAAGGAAGAUGAUGGCGGAGCGAUGGGAACGGGUUAGAGAAGUCGUUAAGGCGAAGGGCGCGUUUGGAUUGCUGGAGUACCCGCCGCCGAGUUACUGUGGGUUCUUAAGGGAGGAAGCCACACAUUUGCCUGCUUUUGCGUGGCUGAAAUAUGAAGGAAAUCAAGACAUUGAGGACAUAGCGAGCUAUCUCAAAACAGAACAUAGCAUCGAAGCUCGCGGCGGGAGGAAUUUCGGGACGACCGAUAAGUAUGUGAGGAUCAGCUUGUUGGAACGACAGAAGACGUUCGAUGUCUUCAUCGAACGGUUGUCAUCAAUCUCUUAAUUAUUAAUUUUGCCAUUUUAUUCAAUUAAUUAGUUUAUUGAAUUUCGUUUGAAUGUAAUAAUAUGGCAACAAAUUAUCUUUUUUAUCAUUUAUAAUAAGCAAUGAUACUGUCUGCUUGCAUGCGCACCAUGCACGUGUUUUUAAAUUCAUGUAUUUUUUUAUCAAUUAGUAAGAUUGAUAUAUAUUUUCUAGUGGAUGUUUA